AUGUACAGUGUACAAUCAGAAAUUCCUACACUUGCAAAGAAAUUAGAAACCAGCUUCCACAUGGAAAUGAUUCAGUUGAUAGAAACUGAGAUGGUUCAGUUAUUGGAUUUAAAAUACAAAGACAUGUCAGCAGUUAUUAUGAAUAAGUUUAAAGUCUUGAUGGAAAAUAUGGACUUAAUGGUUUUAGAGUUAAGGGAAUCUCUUAAAAAUGAACUAAAGGAAAUUUUAGGAGUAAAAAGUACAAUGCUUGAACUGAAAAAUCCAAAGAAUCCCAGUACCAGAAAAGAGUGGCAACAAAUAAAAGAUACCACAUCGAUAAAAACAGGAUUGGUAGAGAAAAUAGAAGGAGAAAACUAUAUUGAGGAUAUUGAAAAUUUGACUUUUAAAAGAAGUGAAAUAGUUAAACUCAGUAGCAAAUUAGACCAAAGUGAAGACUACAAUACUAACCAAGGUAAGGAAUUGUCCCUGGAUGAUUCACAAAAUCACAAAGUUAUAGAAAAUGUGGAAGAAGCCAUAGGUAAUACAGAUGACACAAAUAGAAAUUGCAACAUUCAUACAGAAGUUACAGGAGAGGAUGAGGGUCAAGAGCAUCGAGAGGAUGUAUUGGUCAAAGAAACGAGAGAGGAAAACAUCCCUCAGAACUUCAAAAAUAAAGAGCAAGUUCUAAAAGCCUCUAAAGAAGAUGGAGCAAUACUAACAUUGGCAGCAGACUUUUCAUCAGCAACACUGGACAUUAGUAAGCAAUGGAGUAAUGUCUUCAAUAUUCUGAGGGAAAAUGAUUUUGAACCAAAAAUUUUAUGCCAAGUUAAGUUAGCGUUUAAAUGUGAUGGUGAAAUCAGGACUUUUUCAGACAUGCAAAGCCUCAGGAAAUUUAUCAGCCAAAAAUCUUUUAUGAAAGAAUUACUGAAAGGGGCUCUCCCAGAAAAUGAAAACGGGAAGAAAGGAGGAAGAAGAUAUGGGAUUCAAGAAAAAAUGAACAAAACUCUAAUAGCCUCAAAGUAUGAAGCUGUGGCAGCAACCAGUGAUGGCCUGAGCUUUCUGUUUAUUAAAGAGGUAAAGGUUGCUGAGACAGAUGAAGUGAAAAGCUUAGAGACUCACGAGGAAGAGGCUUCAGAGUCUAAGGACAAAGAAGCCCUGGAGGAGGAAGAGGCCUGGGAGCUAGAAGAGGAAGAAAAAGAGGCUUUAGAUUUGGAGGAGGUAGAAGAGACUUCAGGGCUGAAGCAAGAGGCUUCUGAGUUGGAGGAAGGAGAGACCUCGGAGCUAGGGGAGGAGGAAGAGGUUUCAGAGUUGGAGCAAGGGGAAGAGUCUUCAGGACUGGAGGAAGAAACGGCCUCAGAAUUAUGUAACAAACAGAACUUUCACUAUCAUAGCCUGGCACGUGGAGCUGAAAGUGAGGAGUUGGAUAGUAUUUUAACUGAAGAGACAGAAUGUUAUGAGCUACAGGAGGGAGAAAGCUCCGAGUGGGAAAACGAACGGUACUCACCAUGGCCAGAAGGAGAGGACUCGGAGGUAGAAGAGACUACCUCCCAGAUCGAGGAAAAAGAACUUUCCUGUACUGAUUUGGCUUCAGAUUCUGAGAAGAAAAAAUUGGUGAAAUGUAAGCUAACAUCUAAGGAAACAGACUUACUACAAGAAACAGAAGAGAACUUUAGGAGAAGUGUAAUUAAUUCACUCAGAGAGAUACAAGAAGAGAUUAGAGACAUUAAAAAUUACCAUCCUGGAAAUAAAAAGCUAUCUACACUGAGUGUUAGAAUAGACAUACUUAAAGAGAAAGUAAAUUAUCUAGAAGAUCGAAUUGAAGAGUUCUCUAAGGAUACAAGGCAAAUGGCCAAACAGAUAAUAAUUAAAGAAAGAAUAAGAGAGGUAGAGGAUAGAUCCAGAAGCUCAAAUAUCCGUUUGAUAGGAAUUCCAGAAAAAGAUAAUAAAGAGAAUGGAGCAGAGGAAAUAGUUAAGGAAAUAAUUGAAGAAAACUUUGCAGAGCUAAAGAAAAGUUCAAGUCUGGACAUUGUCAGUGCCUUUCGAAUACCCAGUAAAAUUGAUAAAAAGAGAACCACUCCUAGACACAUCUUGGUGAAAUUUGGGAGUUGCAGUGAUAGAGAAAAAAUCAUAGCUGCUUCCAGAGAGAAAAAACAGGUAACCUACAGAGGAAUAAGAAUCAGAAUGACUGCAGACUUAUCAUUGGAUACUCUGGAUGCUAGAAGUCAAUGGGGCAGUAUCAUAAGAGGUCUGGAGGCUAAAGGCUUUAAACCUAGAAUCUUAUAUCCAGCCAAAUUGGCAUUUGAUUUUGAGGGUAAAACAAAGGUAUUUUUUUAUAUUGAAGAAUUCAGAAAGUUUAUUUCUUGCACACCUUCUUUGAAAGAAUCACUGGAGAAUAUAUUUUAG